GGUGGAAUUGGAGAGUGACAUGCACAGUUCCAGUGGGAGAAGAUUGACAAUAGCUAGGAUGGAUAAUGAUGAUCAGAAAAAGAAGAUGAAAAAGUGCCCUUUUUGCCCAUACACGACCACAAGGCUCUCUCACAUGAUUUGCCAUAAGCGCACACACAGUGGCGAGAAGCCAUAUUCCUGCCACCUUUGCUCAUUCCAAACCUGUAGGAGUGACAGUCUGAAAAGACACUUACGUAGUCAUGGCGGGGAAAAGCUUUACAGCUGUCAGCAUUGCCCUUUGAGCUUCCACUCUCGGACAAGUCUUGGGAAGCACCUCUCAUCUCACGUAUUUCCGGGCCCGUUCUCUUGCCCCCACUGUCCUCACAGCAGCACCAGCCUGGAUACUCUCAGGGAACACAUGGCUCUGCAUUUAGGACCAAUGGAGGCUUUUAUGCCAUUUACAAGUUAGAAUAAAGAGUGCUUUUUGUUCAAAAUUGUAAGAAUAAAUUGAGAAAUGCA